GCAUUUCAGCUGAUCGCUGGACCACUCUGCCAACAGGCUCUUCUCGCAGCUCGGCGGCUGCGAUACCGCUUCUUUUUCCCCUUCCCUUCCCCACCCCUUCCUUCUUUCUCCCCUCCCCACCCCCCCCCCCCCAGGUCCUCCGCCUGCUUUCCGAGCCCAAGGCUGCGACGGGGAGCCCGGCUGCAGCUGCGCGGGGUCCGCAUCCAAAUGGUUUCCUGGAAGCCUCGCUCUCCGCCGGGAUUUAUGGAGGUGCCGAGAAGCAGCUUUGAGCACUGCAGCCCCCGGCCGCCUCGCCUCGCCCGGCGUCCCGACCUUCGGAUUUAACCAUUCAAGGCUCCCGUGCAUGGAUUGCCCGAACCAGGCACCGCUGCCGGCCGCCGCCGCCGCCGCCGCCCCGUAGGCUCCCGGCCCCCCUUGCCGCCCCCAAGUACUCCACAUACCCCGAUGGGGUAACGUGACGGGGCCACCGCCGUGCCACCACCAUCCCCAUACGCAGAGGCCUUUCUAGAGCGCGGCACCGGAGGCGACAGCCGCUCGCCAUUGCACACGCCGAGGACGCCGACACUACAGCAAAGGGAUUUUUUUUUUUUUUUUGUAAUUAUUAUUAUUAUUAUUAUCAUUAAUAUUAUUACUACCGUUUGGCUUUCACCCCGGGGGGGGCUUGCGGUGUGUCGAGGAAGCCGGCGCGCUCCCAGGAGCUGGGAUUAUUUGCACAACGUUUGUACAUUGAGUUCUCGAUCCUGUUUUUGGUGUUUUUUUGUUUUUUUUUGUUUUGUUUUUUUUUUGUUUUGUUUUGUUUUUGUUUGUUUGUUUUUUAAGCGCAGAGGGGUGUUGGGUUUUCUUUUCCCCUCCACGCCACGCUUUUCUUGGGUUUUUUCCCCCUGCCGCCAUCAGCAUCACCUCUGCGUCACCGUCCUCCCAUCCCACCAUGGCCCGGAUGAACCGCCCUGCGCCGGUGGAGGUCUGCUACAAAAACAUGAGGUUCCUCAUCACCCACAACCCCACCAACGCCACACUCAGCACCUUCUUGGAGGAUCUGAAGAAGUACGGUGCCACCACGGUUGUGCGAGUGUGCGAAGUGACCUACGACAAGACCCCCCUGGAGAAGGACGGCAUCACCGUCAUGGACUGGCCGUUCGAUGACGGAGCGCCUCCUCCCAGCAAGAUCGUGGAAGACUGGCUCAACUUGCUCAAGACCAAGUUCUGCGAAGACCCCGGCUGCUGCGUGGCCGUGCACUGCGUGGCCGGCUUGGGGCGCGCUCCUGUCCUCGUCGCGCUGGCCUUGAUCGAGAGCGGGAUGAAGUACGAAGACGCCAUCCAGUUCAUCCGACAGAAGCGCAGAGGAGCCAUCAACAGCAAGCAGCUGACGUACUUGGAAAAAUACCGACCAAAGCAGAGACUCCGAUUUAAGGACCCUCAUAACCACAAGAACAAAUGCUGCAUCAUGUAACCUCAACGACCUCUUGCCAAAACCCGUGCACACAAACACCCGGGCACUCGCACGCAUCCCCCUCUCUCCUCCCAGCCCCGCGC